CUUUUCUACUUCCUCUGUAUAAAUACUGGCAGUCAUAAGACUGUGAUAUGUUGCACGGCAAGUCAUGAGUGAUAGAUAAUGUUAAGUUAUUUGUAUAUUAUAAUAUGAGGUUUGAACUUUAGUAUAGAGCUACAGGGCAGAUGUGAAAAGAAAACAGCUGGAUCGGAAACGCUCAAAGUGUGUGUGUGCUGUGUGGGAAUGGGUUCCAUCUCUCGCCGGUGCAAAUGGAGAAUAAAGGGAGCGACGAGGUGGAAAAAUUGAAGACAAAGUUCUUGUCAGUGUGGCACAAUGUGAAGUACAGUUGGGCUCUGAAAUCAAAGACUGCAUUCAGCCGAAAUUCUCCAGUGCUGCUCCUUGGAAAAUGUUACCAUUUUAAGUCUGACGAUGAUGAUGGUUCUACAGAAACCUGUUAUGAAGCCUCUGAUGAGGACUUCAUUGUGGGGGAUGUGGAUGCGUUCCGAAAGGAUUUCACAUCUCGAGUGUGGCUGACCUACAGGAGCGAGUUCCCUCCCCUGCCCGGCUCCACCCUGACCUCAGACUGCGGCUGGGGGUGCAUGCUGAGAGCUGGACAGAUGAUGCUCGCUCAGGCGCUUAUCCUGCACUUCUUGGGCAGAGACUGGACCUGGUCAGAGGCACUGACGCUCCAGCCUUUAGACACAGAGACAUGGACUACCACUGCAGCCAAACGUAUGGUGGCCUCUCUGGAGGCUUCUCUGCAUGGUUCCCUGAGGCCCUCUGACCAUGGACCAUUGCCCCAGGCCCUGGUGCCCGGAUCUGGAGCAGAGGCACAUGCCCAAGAGAUGCACCACCGGGCUCUGGUGUCCUGGUUUGGGGACAGCUCCUCAGCUCAGUUUGGCCUUCACCGGCUGGUCCACUUAGGCCUGACGAUGAGGAAACGGGCAGGAGACUGGUAUGGACCUGCUGUGGUGGCACAUAUCAUCAAGCUUGCAGCUUCAGAUAUAAACUUCUUGGCGGGUAUAACUGCCUAUGUCUCCCAGGACUGCACAGUGUACAGUGCUGAUGUUGUUGACAGCCACAGGCCACCAAGAGAAGAGCAAACCUAUGCUGAGAGAUCAGAUGCCCCUCCUCCGCCACUAAAUAACCAACCAGCCUCUGCCUCCGCCUUGCCAGACAGCCGAGCCGUCAUCAUCCUCAUCCCUGUGAGGCUGGGAGGGGAGAAGACGAACCCAGAGUACUUUGACUUUACAAAGAGCAUAUUGAGUCUGGAGUAUUGCAUAGGCAUCAUCGGAGGGAAGCCCAAACAGGCCUGCUACUUUGUAGGAUUUCAAGAUGACAGCUUGAUUUACAUGGACCCUCAUUACUGUCAGUCUUUUGUGGAUGUCAGCACCAGCGAUUUCCCUCUCCAGUCGUAUCAUUGCCCCUCACCAAAGAAGAUGCCUUUCAGCAAGAUGGACCCAAGCUGCACCAUAGGUUUCUACUCUAGAAGCAUCCAAGACUAUGAGAGAAUCAGCCAAGAGCUGUCCAAGGUGCUGCAGCCGUCAGCGAAGGACAAAUACCCAGCGUUCACUUUCAUGCAGGGUCAUGGCAGAGAUUACGACCUGUCGGCAGGCCUGACCCCAGAGAAGAGAGAAUGGCCCUUCAUCCGUGACCCAAGGAGGACGGUCACCACUGCAGGGGACUUUGUGCUGCUGUGACAGUGGUGUGAAAAAGACUACUGAUGGGGAAAUGGGGAUCUUCCUCUUUUUUUAAGAAUCAAACCACUCGGUAUCCACAGCCUUCUGUAUGAUUGUUGUGACACUCAAGGUUUUUGAAAUUUUUUAACCUACAGUAAUUCAGUCUGUACAUCCUGGAAACUUUGUUGCUGAGCAGUUUUACCAGAAACUGUUAUUUAGUAGUUGGACUUGUAUUUGUUGGCUGGCAAUGCGAGCACACUGUAUAAUUUUUCAGGAGGCCUCUGAACAUUUCUGGUGGUCUGCUAAAUUUAGUCAACAGUUUUUAUAUGUUCCUCUAAAAAAAAGAGGAACAUCUAAGGGAGCAUCCACCCCCCCGCGACCCUGUUCAGAAAUAAGUGGUAUUUCAUGGAUGGAUCUAAGGGAGCACUUUUCAUUUUGCACCACUAUUUCUAUAGACUUAAGACAGGAUGUUAAGAGCUACCUUAUCAAAACACAAGAUUCUGGGAUAUUUAGUGUAGGACUUAUUUGCACUUUACAUCAUGUUGAAGUCAUGUUUAUGGUGAUCACUAGGUCCAGUUCAGCAUUCCCAGGUUAAUACACUUUGUGAAAUCAAGAACUAACAGUACCAUAGGGCAGUAUUAUUUAGACAGAGUUUCUAAAGGGUGGUUAGCAGUAGCCUAAAAGAACUGUAGUUAAAGCCUUAAUUAAUAUGAGCAAGGGGCUAAGUAACUUUUUCAAACAUCUCUGGCAAAAAUAUUUCAUCCACGCAAGUUUAAUUAUUCACCUAUUUUUCACUCAUAUUAAACACCUGAACAGCAGAAGCACAUAUAGGACACACGCUCUGAUAAGUGUCUUCAUAAUUUUGCCAACAUUUAUUCAUACUUGAACUAAUUUUUCUUAGCAAUACUAUGUUAUGGUUUUGCGUGAUGAUAUGAUUGUUUCCAUGUAUUUUUGGGUGGUAUUGAUGUCAUCUGAGUUAUGCUUCACAGUGAAAGUGACCAGCAGUGACAAGAGAGUUUGUCAAAGCGAUAAUGAUGUUGUUUGCUAUACCUCACUAAGCACUGUAUGUUGUUAAUUACCCUUUACAAUAGGAUGCUUGGAUUUAAUAGUGUCUACUGUAUAUGCAUCUAGUCUAGCACAUUCUAAUCUAGAACAGCAGCUGUAGUCAGA